AUGUAUAUAAUUAUAUAUUUAUCUGUCUACACUUAUUUCCAAGGUCAGGUAGCUGCCAACAGCUUGUAUAACGGAGAUAUUUAUAGCCUUGCGCAACGAGACACAGAACACUCCUCUUCCCACUCCCGAACACCUUUCCCCCUCCACCUCCCCAGCAAAAUGGUCUCCCAACGAGAUCGCGAACUCCUGCGCGGGGACCUGCGUGCGCGUUCCAAACUGUCAACGGCAGACCGGGAAUCCCUGCUGAAGAGCUACCUCCCCGAAGAUCUCUCCCGACCCGAACGCCGCAGACCUCACAAAACGCCCAUCCGCUCGUUCUUCAAGGCACAACUCCACCACCUCGCAUAUGCCCUGACGCAUAUCAUUUUUGGAAUCAUCGUUAGGCUCCUGCAAGCCUAUCAUGCGGUGGUGGACCGUGUCUUCGCCAUCGUCUAUCACCACCACCGCACGCCCGAGCUCAUUCGCAAAGAUGUGAGGGGAUUGAAGCGUCUCCCCCAGCAUCUGAGCACUAUUCUGACCCUGCGCAAAGAGGACGAUGCCUUGGCAGUGCUGAUGGACGAAGUGGCCGAGCUGGCAGCUUGGAGCUCUUGCGCGGGGAUCCCCCAGUUGAGCAUCUACGAGAAGACAGGCGUCUUGAAAUCAUGCAUCCCAGCCCUCCACCAAAUCAUCACAACCAAACUGGCGAGCUACUACGGCUCACCAGACCAACAGCCAAACCUGCACCUCUACGCCCCCCACCACCCAGUCCAUGGCUCAACCACCAACCCGGGCAAGAGCACUCUGACAAUGCUCCUGCUCUCCUCCACCGACGGUCGGGAAACCAUCGUCGACCUGACCAAGACUCUGGCAGAAAUGAGCCAGAACGGCAAGCUCUCCCCGGAAGAUAUCACCCCAGAGUUGGUGGACGCCGAGAUCAGCGACAUUACCACCCAACCCCUCACCGCAGGGACCGACACCGUCCUCAAGCCGGAGCCAGACCUGCUGCUCGUGUUCAGUCCCUACCUCAAGCUAGACGGGUACCCACCAUGGCAGAUCCGGCUCACAGAGAUGUAUUGCACGGGGAGUCGGUCCCACGGAGUGAAUGGGGAUGGGGAAGCCGUCGAGUACCAGGGAUACAUGCGUGGACUGUGGCAUUUCGCGGGUGCGCAGAUGCGAUUCGGAAGGUAG